GAGUGUAAAUGACGUCCAAAAGCGGUUUUGUUGUGCAACAAAACUGGUUUCGUCUGGCAUGAACCUCUUCUAAUGUUCACCGACAUUUAAAUCGAGCUCUUAUUGUUGGACGGUGUUUGUUUGUUGACAGUGUAAACUUUUAAUUAACAAAGUGACAGUGUAAUUUGCAGCUGUCACUUCAUUUUCUUGAUAUAGUAUUACUUCGUUUUAGUGAUUUAUCAUGAAUAAUUUAAUUCGGUACAGCGAUAAAUCGAAAUGCAUACGUAUCGUUCGAGGUUCAUGCCAGACGAAACAAGUUUUGUUGCGCAACAACACCGCUGUUGGACGUCAUUUAUUGGCACCGUCAAGGAAUAUUUCGACAUUGGAUAAACUCUACCCAAGUCACCAUGUCUUUGCCAACAGGCACAUUGGACCAAAUAAGGAUGAAAAGCUUGCCAUGUUACAAUACAUUGGUGUUGAGAACAUGGAGGAUUUGGUGUCCAAUGCAGUCCCAAGCAACAUCAGACUUGGCAGAGAGUUGAAAAUUGAAGAAGCCAGAGGUGAGCAUGAAGUGCUCGAAAGGCUGAAUGAACUGGCAAUCGAAAACAAGAUGUACCGCAGCUAUAUUGGCAUCGGCUACUACAACACCUACACUCCCAACACAAUCAUGAGGAACAUAUUGGAAAACCCAGGAUGGACUACCCAGUACACGCCAUACCAGGCGGAGGUGGCUCAGGGGAGACUCAACAGCCUCUUGAACUACCAGACCAUGGUGGCUGACUUGACAAUGCUGCAAGUAGCCAACGCCUCCCUUCUAGAUGAGGCCACUGCAGCGGCUGAAGCCAUGGGCAUGUGUCACAGACUCAACAAGAGGAAAAAGUUCUUUAUAGACCACCGUUGUCACCCACAGAAUAUUGGAGUUGUAGAAACAAGGGCAAGUGCACUAGGUAUUGAGAUAGAGAGAGGUGACUGGAGGAAGAUGAACCUGAAGAACAAAGAUGUCUCUGGCAUCCUGGUACAGUAUCCAGACACAGAGGGAAACAUUGAGGACUUCACGUCCCUCGUGGACGAGGCACACGCACAUGGAACCCUGGCAGUCUGCGCCACAGACCUCCUAGCGCUCACAAUCCUUCAACCUCCCGGAGCGGUUGGCUUUGACAUCGCAGUGGGGUCCAGUCAGAGGUUCGGGAUUCCCCUCGGCUAUGGAGGCCCACAUGCGGGGUUCUUCUCCACUAAGGAAAGCUUCGCCCGUCUCAUGCCUGGCCGAGUUGUUGGAGUCACUCGGGAUGCUGCAGGUCGUGAGGCGUAUAGACUGGCCCUGCAGACACGAGAACAGCAUAUCAGGAGAGACAAGGCAACCAGUAACAUUUGUACUGCACAGGCCCUCCUGGCUAACAUGGCAGCCAUGUUUGCCAUCUACCAUGGCCCUGAUGGCUUGAAACACAUUGGGAGACGAGUUCAUAACGGGACACUGAUGCUGGCAGAAGGUGUCAGACGGGCAGGUCACAAGGUGAACAACAAGCUGUACUUUGAUACUCUGAAGAUCACACCCCACUGCAAGCAGGCUGACAUUCAGGACAAGGCACUCCACAAACACAUCAACCUGCGUUACUAUGCCGAUGGUGAUGUUGGUGUUUCCCUUGAUGAGACAGUGGAGCGGCAUGACAUCGAGGAUCUACUUGACAUCUUUGGAUCACCUGAUUCCUUGGCCAAGAUUGCAGAAGACUUGGGAGAGAAACCCCAACACAGCAUUGAGAACACCAAGUUCCGUCGCACCAGCGAUUUUCUUACCCAUGCAGUGUUUAACACGUACCACUCUGAGACGGACAUUGUACGCUACAUGAAGCAGCUGGAGAACAAGGACCUCUCCCUUGUACACUCUAUGAUCCCACUGGGCUCUUGUACCAUGAAACUCAACAGCACCACUGAAAUGAUGCCUGUGACCUGGAAGGAGUUCGCCAGUCUGCAUCCAUUCAUCCCCAAUAACCAGGCUCUUGGUUACCUGCGGAUGUUCCAUGAGUUGGAGAAAGACCUCUGUGAGAUUACUGGAUUUGAUAAGAUAUCCUUCCAGCCAAACAGUGGUGCCCAGGGGGAGUAUGCAGGUCUGCGAGUCAUCAUGGCCUAUCUUCAGGCCAUGGGGGAAACACACAGAAAGGUGUGUCUGAUCCCCACCUCUGCCCAUGGAACCAACCCAGCCAGUGCGCAGUUGUGUGGCAUGAAGAUACAAGGCAUCGACGUGGACAAGAAUGGAGCUGUUUGCAUGAAACAACUCAAGGAAAAUGUAGAGAAACACAAAGAUACCCUUGCCUGCCUGAUGAUCACAUACCCUUCAACCUAUGGUGUCUUUGACAGUACCAUCAGGGAAAUCUGUGAUAUGAUCCACCACUUUGGUGGCCAGGUGUAUAUGGAUGGUGCCAACAUGAAUGCCCAGGUGGGAAUCUGUCGCCCAGGGGACUUCGGGGCGGACGUGUCUCAUCUCAAUCUCCACAAGACGUUCUGUAUACCUCACGGUGGUGGGGGUCCAGGCAUGGGACCCAUUGGAGUUAAAGCUCAUUUGGCCCCCUACCUCCCAAGUCACCCAGUAAUCCAACCCUAUGGUAUGGAAAGUCCAGAUUCGAAGUCCUUUGGCGUGAUAUCAGCGUCCCCCUACGGCUCCAGUGCAAUCCUGCCCAUCUCAUGGUCAUACAUCAAGAUGAUGGGGCCUGCCGGCCUCAGGCAGGCCUCGGAGAUGGCCAUUCUUAACGCCAACUACAUGAGUCGAAGGCUUGAUGGGUACUACAAAACACUCUACAAGAAUGAUCAUGGUUUUGUUGCCCACGAGUUUAUAAUUGAUUGCAGAGAGUUUAAGAAGACAGCGAAUGUUGAGGUUGUGGACAUUGCUAAGAGACUUCAGGACUAUGGUUUCCAUGCGCCCACAACCUCCUGGCCUGUGGUGGGAACACUGAUGGUUGAGCCGACAGAGUCAGAACACAAGGAUGAGCUCGACCGCUUCUGUGAUGCACUCAUUGCAAUCAGAUAUGAAAUCAAACAAAUAGAGGAGGGAAAAAUUGAUAAAAAGAUCAACCCUUUGAAGAUGGCUCCCCACUGUCAGCAGGACGUCAUUGUUGGCAACUGGGACCGACCAUAUGACAAAGUCACAGCAGUGUACCCUGCAGCUUUCGUGAUUCCAUCCACAAAGUUUUGGCCGACCGUUGGCCGCAUUGAUGACAUUUACGGUGAUCAGAACCUGGUGUGCUCGUGUCCCCCAAUGUCCACAUACGAGUCUCCAUUCAUAGAGGAGCCUGUGGUCGAGGAGAGGUCAAUAGCUGUGUAAGAAGGUGAAGGUCGGGGAAGAAAGAUUGGCUUGAGGUUGAGGUUAGUUUUUGCCAGAAAACUGGGAAAAUUAUCAACAAACUUUCAAAGUGUUACAAGUGCUGAAAUGUAUGAAGUAAAUUAUGCACACCGUUUUAUAAGUAUUCGAAAUUGAAUGUUUUCAUGUAUGCUCUGACAAUAACAUGUAUGUAAUAAUGUUAACAUUUAUACUAACUUAAUGCCGAGUUUGUAUGCCCCCGGAUUGAAUGAUCGGGGGUAUAUUGUUUUUGGCCUGUCUGUCAUUCUGUCCCAAUACUUUAACCUUGGUUAAAGUUUUGCGAUAACUUUUGAAAUAUUGAACAUAGCAACUUGAUAUUUGGCAUGCAUGUGUAUCUCAUGGAGCUGCACAUUUUGAGUGGUGAAAGAUCAAUGUCAUCCUUCAAGGUCAAAGGUAAAAAAAAAUCAAAGCGGCGCAAUAGGGGGCAUUGUGUUUCUGACAAACACAUCUCUUGUUCCCUUUGCAACUGUUGUUUUUUUGUAAACACAUGUUUAAUAUUGUUCAAUAUGAAAGACUUUUUGAAAUUGUAUAGUUAUCAUUAAAACAAUAUGCAUGAACUCAAUGUGAGAUAAUCAUAUCAUUGUUGAACUAUUAAUGUGCUGUGUUUUAAAAGUAUCUCUGGCUCCAUGGUUUAUAGGCCAGUAAAGUGUUGUUGUUUUUAAAAGCGUACUUUAAAGUGCCUUAUAUUUUGUUAUUUUCAUGUCAUGUGUAAAUAAAAAAUUUGUGUAUGUUGUUUUGAUCUAUUUGGAUAUUCUAUUUAGGUACACAUUUAACUAUGAACUUGUCAUGGAUCAAUAUUGUGAUGGUAACAAGGCAACGCUAACAAUUUAACUGUCAUUAAAAACAAGUCAGAAUCUUCAUUAGAAAACAACCUUUAUUUUAUGGAAUACAUAUUACAUAAUAAAUUCUAAAAUGUAAUUACUGCAAAAUGUUGUGUUUGAUGCAGAGUCAUUUAUAAUGUGAACCUAAUUUCUGUAGUGGAAAAUGAGGAAACAAUAUUUAGCAGUCAAAAUUACUUUCUGGUCAAAAGUAUGUGCUAUGUAGCUUUGAAGUUGUUUGUAAACAAAAAGACACAAUACAUAUCAUAUCUUAUGUUGUUAUUUACACAUUAUUGUUAUAUGAACAGUUGCUUAGUAAGUGAUUUCCAUAUUAUGUUAAAUUAUGUUCACAACUGUAUAAGAAACCAAACUUGAUCCAAAGGACAUUGCUAUGCAGCUCUUGGGAUAACUGUGUAUAUCUAUGAUACAUGUAUUCUGUUGAAAGGUAGCAAUUCUUCAAGGGAUGACCAUGAACCUUUUGUGCACGAUGUAAAAAUGUCAAGUAUGUACAACAGUUUCAUGGUCAGCACUCUGCUUGAAUUUCUUUUGCAUGAUGGUUGUAUUAAAUCAUGUAAAACUAUAAGCUACAUUUUAUUGAUAUGUUUUGAUUUAUGUGCAUGAAAUAUAUAUUAUUUCCAUCUCGAAACCGCUUAAAAUAUGUAGUCAUUACUUUGUUAAAUCAUAAUAUAUGAUUUAUGAAAUUGUAUCACAUAUUUUUCACAUUUGAUGACUUUAAAAUGUUUAUUUCACAAUUUUCAAAGGAUCACAGUAUUAAUAUUAUAUGGCUUAUUACUGACACCAGUAGCUCACAAUGUUUUGUUGCUUUUAUUGUCUUUCGUUUAUGUCAUCAACUCAUUUAAAUAUGAACUGCUCAAAAAGUUUUCUCAUUGCCAUUUCUUAACAUCUCCAAUAAUUAAACUGUAUAUUGGUUUGUGAUAAAUGCAAUUGUAAACUUAAAGUAUGUUGAAUGGAUUAACCAUGUUUGAUAUUAUUAUCGGCACACAGCCGGCCUUGUUGGCACAUUUUGCCAUGUGAAACAUUGUCAAAAGAACUGCAGUAUUGGACUGAAAAUGGAAGCUCUAUGAAGCUUUCUAUCUGAACAUAAUUCAAAUAUUAAUCAUGGAUCAGUUAUUGUUUACCAUUAUUUAAUGAUAUAAUACAUGUAUUUUUAAACAGAUAUGCUUGUUGACUAUCAUUGCGGUUGUUAUUACUUGUUGAAGCUAUCAUCAGCUUUCUUGUUAAAAAUAAUAUGUUGUAGGACAUAUUAUAUUUUUCUAUAUUUUGCAUAUUUGACGGAGGGUUAAUUAAUUAAACUUCCAAAGAAAGACAAA